GCAAGUACAUAUAAAAUAUGUAAGUCAUUUAUGGUUCAGAGAUAUAAGAUUAUUAUUGUGUAAGGUUAUAACAGUACUUAUAAGCUUAUAAAAACCUAGAAUUAAAGAACAUGUUAGCCUUUAGACCCCCGUUUAAUAAGAACUAGUUUAGUAUAAUAAUUAUAAUAAUUUAUUAAUUUAUAUUGCGCUUUUUUCAUAUAAUGAUCAAAAGCGCAUUACAAUAUAACUAAAUGUUGAACUAAUAUAUACAAUAAAAUUUACAAUUAUAAUCGAAAAUAAUAUGAAAUAAUAGAUUCAUAGGAAAAAUAUUGAAUAAAAAAUAAAAUAAUAAAAAUAAAAAUAUCUUUAUAUUGAUGAUUAUGUGAUAUCAAGUGUUAAAAGCUAAUUUAAAAAGAUGAGUCUUAAGUUGCGCUUUAAAAUUAAAGAUACUGCAAUUGAUGGUGCGAAGAUUUGCAGGGAGAGCGUUCCAUAAUGUAGGUGCAGCAACACUAAACGAUCUGUCACCGAAAGACUUCAUCAUUUUUCCUGGGGGAUGCAUUUAGCCUAAAAUUUGAAACAGGUUCUUGCUAGUAUUGACAUUUCAUCAAUCUAGAUACCCCACUUCUACCAGCCAUUACUAUAUAAACUUUUCUUUUAAAUUAAGAACCUAUUGAAGAACCUAAGAAGCCUUAAAUUUAAAAUAGUACCCGUUAAAUAAGAACCUGUUUAGACUAACCUGGAAAAACCUAGGUUCUUAUAAGUGGGUAAGUACUUUAUUAUUAUUGUAAUCUAAAAAAUGCUGUGAUGAUAUAAAGUAUACUGAGCCCGGUUUUUAAACCUUAGACAAAAACUUGUGUACUUCUUUCCAUUAGUAAUAAUGUCUCGGUUAUGAUAUUAGUCUAACUUGAUAAUUGGUUACAGUCCUGUUUGCUUUAUUUCUUUAACGCUGACAUAAAAUAUUUCUUAAAUACCUUUCUCUCCCUUUUUUUUUAGUUUUGCGAGACAAGUGGAUGAUUUUGUUGCUCAAUGUCCAGGCCAGUUAGGCUUUUCGUUACAAUAACCUUAUGGACGCAUGCCCCUAAAGCCCCAUCUACAAUAACAAUUUUUAGUUGACAACUAUGUUUGUCGGGAUCUACACUAGCAAUUUUUCAUGUGUGACAAUUUUGAAUUGCCGAGAAAAAGCAAACCUGCUAGCUUUUGAGCAACUAUAGUUGCCACAUAAGGUUGUCCAAUUUGCUCCAAAUAAAAAUUCUCACAUAAAAAUUGUCAACUAAAGCUUGUUAGUGUAGAUGGGGCCUAAAUAACUCCUAAGGUAUGCCUAUGGUGUUCACAUUCUUUGAGGAACCCUGUAUGGGACGAACCGGUAGAAAAGUUAGGGGGGGAGGGGAAAAACAAAAAAAGCGCAAGGAAAAAAUAUAGAAAAUAAAAGACCGAUCGAACAUCAGUUUUCUACUUCAAGUCAAAUUCUCAUAUCUGUUGAUUGCUUCAAAUUCCUGUCCCAUGUUCACAUUUUGGCAAUCAAGUUAUCAUCUCCGCAAAAACAGGGCAAAAUCUCAUUGUUAUGUGAUGGUUUAAAACUUCCUUCACGUGAUUUAAAGGAAGAACAUAUCGCACAUUAAACAGGUUGUUCCACUGCUUAUCGUUUUGCGUUAUUUCCGUAACGGAUUUGCGUAGCGUGACGCACAAUUCCAAAUAUGGGCAUUCACUUGGCCUGCGUACGCAACUAACCGCAAGAGUGACGUGUUACAAAAUGGCGGAACUACUGCUGUUGCCGCAUCGAAAACGAUAUCUUUAGAAAUUCGCAGACUCCAUCAAAAAAUAAAUCCGAGAGAUCGAUCUUGACAAGCGUACUGGUCGAGGAUGUGAACUGUGUAAAGUGUGAGCCGAAAUAGCAUGAAUAGACGUGGCAAUUAUACUAAGUAUUCGGCCUUAAAAUUUGAAAAUGAAUCAUUUGGAGAAGUUCAGAACAAAGCUGUUUCUAGAGUGUAUGUCUUUGGGAAUGAUUCCUCCGAAGAGUUAUCUUUGGAUGACCAAGCAGUUGAGAUGUCGGAGAUACGGACUAGAGGAGGCAAGAAGGAAUCAAAGCCUUACUCGGGGCAGGAUCUCAAGAAAAGCUUUUUACUCGAGAGAGAAAUACAUGAGAACGACACACUACAAUCUUUCGCGCUCAACUUUGGAUGUACGAUGGAAGAAAUCAAAAGAGCCAACAAUCUUUAUUCCGAGCAGGACUUCCACGCACUACAGAUGAUAAAAAUUCCUGUCCAACCCCAUGGGCUUCUUGCUGAACAGGAAAAAGAAAACAAAGAGAAGGGGAAAAAGACGAAGCAAAAACCACAACCCCUUGACCUAGAGGCAACAACAACUGCUAAUGAUAACAAUGCAGAGUUUGAUGAUAAUGAUAGCCUCGUGAGAACAGUCAGUAUUCGCUCUGCUCUGAACUCCCCAUAUAGUUUUCUUAAAAACAUGGACGAAGACUUAAAAAAUAUAUGCAAAGGGUCAUCACUACGCAAGGCAAAUCUUGAUCAAGUGGCACGGACAUUAACAGUGAAUUGUAUACACCCCAUACGAUUGCAGACAGAAAAAAGGGACCUUGGGAAUGUUUGGGGAAUCGGAUGGAAGUGGUUUGUGGUGCUCCUUGUUCUUGUUUGUAUUGUCAUUCCUGCGUUUAUCGCUGCUUACUGGCUUUGGCCACAUAAAAAGAGAUAACAAAUACAAAGACACAGAUUUUUAAAAUUUAUUAUUUCAAUUUCAUUAGGUUGUCUAAAAUGUAAAAAAGCAGAAACAAUUCGCAGGGGGGGGGUAGUUGCAUAAAUAAGGGCAUCGAGUUGAGAUAUCUUGUACAGUAUCUUUUUAACAAUUAAAUUUUAGAAUACUA